GGGUGGGGUGUGUUGUAUUUUUUGUUUGUAGAGAAGGGUCGUUCGAAUCUGCGCUUAAAACCGGCGAUGCGUUCUCUGCAUCUGCAAGGCAGAAUCUCCGCGUCUUAUUCCCUUCAUUUUCUUUGUUUCUUCCUUUCACACUCUUUCUCUUCAAACCCUUAAAAUUCCCUUUCUAUAUUCCCAUGUUCUUUCAUCUAUUUCUUCACCUUCUACCUAAUUUCUGAUUAUUCCCCAUCUGGGUUCUCUCAAUUUCAUCCCCAAAUGCCUUCUCUUUCUCCUCCCAACACCAUCUCUCACUUUCUCCAUCAGAUUUCCUCUCUUUCCAAUCCCUCAGACAGGGCCUCUACACUCCAUUCUCUUAUCACCAACUUGGAGGAUGAAAUGAAGAAGAUCGAUGCCUUCAAGCGCGAGCUUCCCUUAUGUAUGCUUCUAUUGAACGAUGCUAUCCUUGCUUUGAAAGACACUUCACUGCAAUGUGCUUCUUCUUGUUCUUCUCCAAAACGUAAGCCAGUUUUGGAGGAAUUCAUGUCAUUGAACAAAGAUUCUUCCGAUGAGAAUGAGAAGGAAGAGGAUUGUAGAGAUAAGAAGGAAUGGAUGAGCUCUGUUCAGUUAUGGAAGACGGAUGACUUGCAAAAUACUCAAAUCAAAACCAAGAGGAAUGAGGGGUGGGGUUAUGUAGCUGCUGCAGAGGAUCGGAUUCAUCGAAAGAAGAAUGAAGAGGGAUUAUUUGUUGGGUUCAAGCCAUCUUCUUCUGCUUUUCCAGCCUUGGCUGCUGUGAAGAAGGAAGAGAAGAUUGAAUCUCCCAUUUGUGCACUUUCUUUAGUCACUCCCAACUUGAAGACUACUAGAGAAGAGUCGGUUUCCUGUGUUUUGCGGUCAAGUGGCAACCGAGCAACUUCUACUUCUGCUGCUGAUAUUCAAUCGAAUCUACGGACGGCGUUGCCACCUCAACAGCAGCCUGCCCGAAAGCAGAGGAGAUGCUGGUCGCCAGAGUUGCAUCGGCGGUUUGAGAAUGCCUUGCAGCAACUUGGAGGUUCACAAGUUGCAACACCGAAGCAAAUAAGAGAGUUGAUGCAGGUAGAUGGCCUAACCAAUGAUGAAGUAAAAAGUCAUUUACAAAAAUACCGUCUUCAUACCCGGCGACUUCCAACAACUCCAGCUGCCCGAGCUGCAGACCAAUCUCCUGUUGUUCUAGGAGAUUUAUGGAUGUCCCAAGAUGGGUGUGGUGAAUCAUCAAAGGUGAGCAGUUCUCAGUCAGCAUCACCUCAAGGGCCGCUCCAGUUCGCUGGAAACGGAGGGUAUUCCACGACCGGUGGCUACAGUAUGGAGGAUGAUGAAGAUACUAAAUCCGAAAGCUAUGACUACUGGAAAUCUCAGGCUCACACUGGCAAAAGAUGUAUAAAUAUUUGAAGCAUAAAAUACAAUACAUUGGAAUUUGUCAAUUACUGAAGGAUUGUCCCACACAGUACAUAAAAGAGAAGAGAAAAGAAGAAAAAUGAAGAUCGAUAUCAAAUAUCAAAUAUCAAAAGCAGAGAGAAUCUGAGAAGCUGUGAAUUAUUUUUGCAGGAUUAGUUUGAUUUUUUUUUUUUUUUUUUGGAAAGAAUCUGAGUUUUUUCUUUAUAUCCUUUUGAUUUCUUUUUUCUUCCUUCUCUUGGGGAAUUUGAGAUUAUAGUUUCUCAAGAUGUUGUUUGUAUUGAAAAAAAAAAGUUAUAUAUUUCAUCUCUUCAUUUUUAUCAAA